CAAGCCGCAUUCCACAUCGCUAGGACUUUUGCGGCAUUUACACAUCUCUAGACAUUGGAAAAAAAUAAAAUCGUCGGAGUUUUUAUGUGCUUGCGAAGUGGUAUUUCUUCUGUAUUUAAUUAUGUCGGUACACUAUAAAUUUAAGAGUACCCUCAAUUUUGAUACAAUAACAUUUGAUGGACUUCACAUUUCCGUUGGGGACUUGAAAAGAGAGAUUGUGCAGCAAAAGCGUUUGGGUAAAAUAAUUGACUUCGAUCUUCAAAUCACAAAUGCGCAGAGUAAAGAAGAGUACAAGGACGAUGGAGUGCUUAUCCCCAAAAACACCACGCUAAUCAUAUCGCGCAUACCCAUUGCCCAUCCCACGAAGAAGGGCUGGGAGCCACCGGCUUCUGAAAAUGCGUUCGCAACGGCGCCAACCAAACAGGACAACUUCAACAUGGACCUGUCCAAAAUGCAAGGCAGUGAGGAGGACAAAAUUCAAGCCAUGAUGAUGCAAAGUACUGUUGACUAUGAUCCCAAGACGUACCAUCGGAUUAAAGGGCAAUCUCAAGUGGGCGAAGUUCCAGCAUCCUACCGAUGCAACAAAUGCAAGAAGAGCGGACACUGGAUCAAGAACUGUCCCUUCAUAUUGGGAAAAGAUCAGCAAGAGGUCAAAAGAAACACCGGGAUACCGCGGUCUUUUAGAGACAAACCAGAUGCGGCAGAGAAUGAAUCCUCUGAUUUUGUUUUGCCUGCAGUUCAAAACCAGGAGAUUCCCGAAGAUUUAAUAUGCGGCAUAUGCCGUGAUAUAUUCGUCGAUGCCGUCAUGAUACCUUGCUGCGGAAGUUCCUUUUGCGAUGACUGUGUACGCACUUCGUUAUUGGAGUCCGAGGAUAGCGAGUGUCCCGAUUGCAAGGAGAAGAACUGCUCACCUGGCUCAUUAAUUCCUAACCGAUUUUUAAGGAAUUCUGUUAACGCCUUUAAAAACGAGACUGGCUACAAAAUAAGUGCGGUUAAAUCAGCCGCAGUGAAAAAUGAGGACAAACCUCCUGUUGAAAAUGAAGUGGAGGAAAAGCCGGUCGAGGAGGAGGAAACCGAAGAGGCAGCUGAGGUAAAAACUGAAAAGCAAGAAGAAACGGAAACUAAUGGCAAGAAGCCACCGAAAUCGGAGUCGCCGGAACCUCCUCCAACGGUAGAGCCGUUACAAAAGGAAAAAGAUAAAUAUGAUUCAGACUAUGAGGAUAAUAUAACCAUCAAAAUGCCCCAACCUUCUGCUGAUUCGACAUCAGCGCCAAGCAAGAGAUCUCCCACUUAUUCCCAUAAGUCGGGUGAAUCCACUCACCGACGAGAGAGGUCGGAUUACGCUUCGGACCACGAUCAGAAGCACCAUCGUCCAUCAAAAUCGGAGUCUGGUCACAAGGAACGGAGUCUUCUGCCCACGCCCAUUGGCACUGUGCCCAGCUACCAAGGGCACAUGAUGAGCGAAUCGGAGGACGCUCGCCGAUCGAGUGCAUUUAAGUAUACAUUUCAGGAUAUGCAAAUGCAACGGGGUCCACCUCCGAUGCACAUGAUGAGUCACCAUAUGCCAGCCUACAACAACGGCUAUAACAACAUGGGACAGAGGCCUCCUCUAAGCUAUGUGCCGUAUCAAAACCAAUCCGUACAUCCCAUGCGUACGCCUUACGGAUCUUCUGGCGGAAGUAUGAAUAUGAAUAUGUCACAACCAUUUCAGUCCCCAAAUUUAGCCUCGAUAUAUCAAGGGGUAGCAGCCAAGGUUGGCUCAGGUCUAAUUGACGACCCAUUGGAGGCCUUUAAUCGCAUCAUGAAGGAGAAGGAACGCAAGAAGGUAGACCGAUUUCGCAGUACAGAUCAUCACAGGUCGAGAUCGCCGGACAGACAGAGGCACCGCUUUAAAUCCCCCAUGUACGAAAAGGAUGGCCCCAGAGAUAAUCUCAAGGACAAGAGGCCGCGAUCUCGAGAGAGAAAACGAGAAUACAGCUACGAACGUCAUAUGCGUCAUCCACGUUCUAGUCGACAGCCCGGCGAUGGCUCCAAAUCACCAGGUGGCAGGAUCAAAAGAUCUGGGCAUCGUCGCUCUACGUCACCAAAGCCGGCUUAUAAGAGUGAUUACAGAGAUAAGCCAUACAGCAAGCCUUAUGCACCAAAACCAGAGCCUGUUGAGCCUCCUCCGCCCGGAUUCGAGCCGUUGCAGCUGACGGAUGACGAUGGCUACAAGAACAAACACCUUGCCAGCUCAGAAGCAUCACAUGGCAGCAGCAGCAAGGGCGGAAGCAGCAAGAAGAACGAGGAGAGCAGGCACGAAGAGGUGCCACGCAAAAGGCACAGGUCUCGCAGCAAGAGCAAGGAGUCCAAGCCGACAGACAGUAGCUAUAGGAGCUUAACGCCGCCAGCGAAGAUUACCACUCCGAAAAUGACUUCUACUCAGUUACGUGAACGUGAAUGUUCACCGAAAACGCCGGAAAGGGCCCACGAUGAGUAUUUGCUAGCAAAGGCUAGAGCUAAUACCUCCCAGCCCGAUAUUGACGACUCGGAAAUGGGGCCACAUGUGGGAAAGGAGAACAAGGCUAAAAGUCCUUCAUCAAAGGAACGUAAAAAGAAGAAGAAGGACAAGGCUGAACGCAAGAAAAGCAAGAAGGAUAAGCGGGCUAAAAAGGAGAAGGGCGACCGUCAGAAGAAGAGCUCUUCAAUAAAUCGUUCUGAUUCGGAUAUUAACAACAGUUCAUUGCUAAAUGAAACAAACUAUAAAAUCUUGUUAUCUCCAAGGGUCAGUCCCAACUUUGACAUCGAAUCUGCUGCUAAAUCUCCUGCCCGCAACGCUACAGAAAACCAAAAUCCUAAAAAGAGCCUUUCUUCCUUAAAUAUGGAUGUUGCCACUGACGAUAACCUCGGCCCAAGAAGUAAGCGCUGCGAGGCUAAUUCUGUCAAUCUAUCAAAAUGGGAACUGGAGGAGAAUAAUUUAGGUUUGGAAGAUUCUUCGAAAAAGUCUGGCGGCCUGUUGGACGACCAGUCCGAAAUAACUUCGGAUGUCCUGCGUAAAGCUGAAAACGCGAUAUUUGCCAAGGCUAUAAAUGCCAUAAGGCCAGUUGAAUUUCAAGUUAUCAUCAAUUCCAAGGGCAACAGCAAGGACCGUUCUGUAAUUAGAAAUGACAAGGAUCGCUCGCCCUCGCCCAAACGUACCAGCAGCAAGUCGGUAAAGGAAAGGUUGGGCAAUAAAGUUCUAAGUGAAAGAAGCCGUUCGCCGGACAAGUCGAAAUCCAGACGGAGGGAGGCGACAGGCAAGAGCUCCGACGACGAUGCGAAUCGUGGAAGAUCAGAUCGUCAUGGCAGCAGGAAAAGAGAGAACAGAUCCCGGGACAGAACUGCGCCGUCGGAGAAAAGGCAGGAGCGUUCGUAUAAGCGGAGUACUCCCGAGGACGACAAGCAAAGGCGACCGUAUAAAGACCGUUCCGACCCUAAGCUCGCAAAAUAUGAUCAAAUCAAUAGCGAUGACUCGGAUCGAAGGGGGGCUAGAAACGCUAAGUCCAGUGACGGCCGAGUGGUAUCCUCCGUUACAGCUGUUGCAGCUCCUCCUAAGCCUAAGCCCUGUCGUCCAGACAAUCCGUUCCGGAAAUUCGUCGACAAUAGUUCGUCGAGCAGUUUGGUUGUAAAAUAUGAUAAUACGAUACAAAAUGAGGGUGCGUCCUCGGACAACAGCAUAGAACAUAGAAAGCAAAAGGAUAAGAAACUAAAGAAACAUGCUAAAUAUUCGUCAACGGAAUCGUUGAGAAGCGAAAAACGCAAGGAUCUGAAAAGCAAAAAGAAGAGCAAGAUUUUGAAAAAGAAGAAAAAAUCAAAGAAGUAGGUUACGAUAGGCUAUGAAAUAAGAAAUAUAUUAAUAUUGAAGAUUUCUGUGUACAAAUCAAAGAUUUUUAAUGUAUGUAUUUAUCAUGCAACUAAGUAUACAAAUAAAACAGAACUACUCAAGGAAAUUCAAA